AUGGUGGGGACUAUUACUCUUAUUAGAAGACUUGUUCUGGGAAUGCUUAUAAACUUGCGCUUUGUAAGGGACUUUAUAUUGGAAGCCUAUAAAGACACUCUUGCCAAAGACAAGUUUAUACUUUUAUCCUUGAUUGGACUAGAGGCACCUAUUCAAAGCUUUUGA